AUGCAGAAAUUCCUACAACGUCCAACUUGUUCACUCCCAAUCCCUAUUCUAUCUUCUUCUUCUUCUCAUAACCCUGUCUUCCUUCAUCUUCCAACAGCAACAAUGUCUACAACAACAACAACAACAAAAACACCAAAUAGCAAUAGCACUCUCCUUCUCAAACAUUCCUCUUCUUGUUACUCCAACCCCUCCUAUCUCCGCACAUCUUUCUCUCCAACUCUAACCUUAACACCCACCAAAACCCUUCUUAACCGGUCUCUUUAUUCAAAUUCCUCUUUACAUCAUUCAUCUUCCCACCCUACAACCGGGGUACAUGAUUCUUCUUCUUCUUCUUCUUCCUCUUCCUCUACCACCGCCUUCAGACUAAAUAGGAGAAAUUUCAGAAAACUCCUCAACAAAGGUAUCCAAGGUGUCGCCCAACUCAAACAACUCUACAAAGAUAAGUUCUUUGGGAAAUCUAGUGACCACAUGGUGGAGUAUCUACAAAGCUCUGUUGGAAUUAUCCACAAGAACCAUGCUGAAAGUAUAUUUCAUCUUGCCAUCUAUACCUAUCGUCGCCGACUUAUCGACUAG